AUGGAUCUGGAGCGAGUGGUUCACCGGUGGUCUCCAUCUCAACGCAUCAUUGUGGAACUCAUCUCCAACACAGAAAUGCUCAGCGAUCCAACUAUCCAACUAUCCAACUAUUGCGUCUUGACGAGGAAGUUCAUAAAAGUUAUCAAACUAGUUGGGCGAGGGAGGCAAAUAGAGGUAUAUGAUGAAAAAGUUGAUAUUGUUCUUAUCUUUGACAAAUGGUUUGGGAUGAAUGAUGAUAAAAAUGAUAAUGGAGGGGUUGAAGUCUAA